AUCAGUGUUUUGAAGAGGUGAAUGGCUUCUUUACUCAGCGACUGCGCAGUAUAUCUAGACGCAUACUUGCAACCUGUUCGAUGAUUCGGUAACUACAAAUUCUCUUCUAACUUGAAUUCUGUGCUGUAUUCUGUCAGUCAAGAAAAGGACUUCUGUCUGUGUUGUUGUGUUCGCGGGCUGAAAUUUUAUUGCUUGGACAUUAUGGACGCUGAAAAUUCAACAAAUGGAGAAGUUUUGAAGUCGGAUUCAAGCUUUGAUAAUUCAAGCAAAAAUCACAUGAAUGGAUUGAACGGUUACUCUUCAGAUAAGCACAAAAGUGAAAGAUCAGAGCAUAAAAGUAAGCAUAAAGACAAAGAUAGGGAAAGGGAUAAAGACAGGGAUAAGCAUAGAAGUAAAGACCAUAAAAGUUCCAGUAGGGAUAAAGAUAAACAUUCUAGUUCAAAAGAUAAAGAUCGUCAUAGCUCUCACAAAUCUUCAAGUAGGGAUAAAGACAAGGAAAAGAGUGAUAAAGAUAGGUAUCGGGAUAAGGAUAAACACCGGGAUGACAAAAAACAUUCUUCAUCUUCAUCAAGGGAUAAAGAACGAAAAGAUAAGGAUAAAGAGCAUAAGAGUUCCCAUGAUAAGGACCACAAGUCAUCCAGUCGUGAUAAAGAACAUCGGGACAAGGAUAAAGAAAGAGAAAAAGACCGGGAUAGGAGUAAGCAUAGCUCGUCAAAGGAUAAGGAGAGAUCCAGACAUAGCAGCUCAAAGGACAAGCACAGAGACAAAGACAAAGAUAGACAUUCUAGUUCUAAAGAAAAGGAAAAAAAAGAGAAAAAGGAGAAAAUAGAGGAGCAAAAAGAAGAGAUAUUUGAACCAAAAAGAGAAUUAGAUUCAGCAGCAGAAGAUUCAAUCAAUAAUGAAUCUAUGGAUGAUGAUGACGAUUAUAAGCUAAGUAUUAAGGAAGACGUUGAUAUUAAGGAUGAACCUGAUUCACAAGAUGAGCCUGAUAAUGUAAAUCUUUCUCAAGCUAGCAGUUGUGAUUAUAGCAUGUCCCAGUUCAGCAAAAAUGAGCCUGACUUCGAAGAUACAAAGUCUGAGAUUAAGGAAGAACCUGAAGAAGAUUCAGAUGAAGACAUUCCUUUGAGGAGUUCUUUCCACAACAAAGGCCAUUUGUCCUCUCGUAUGUCAAACACAAAACGUAAACUUGAAGACUCUGACGAUGAUGAGGAGGAUGUACCCCUGUCAAUAAGAAAAAAACCUAAAAUUGAGGAAAAAAAGAAGAAGAAGAAAGUCAUGAGUGAUGAUGAUGAAGAAGAUUAUGCUCCUAAGAAAAAAGAUAAAAAGAAGACCCAAAUUUUUAGUGACGAUGAUGAAGAGGAUUUAAAACCAGUUAAAAAAGAAAAGAAAAAAAGGAAAAUAGAAAGUGAUGAAGAGGAUGAUUACUUCGAAGAUGCCAAGAAAAAGAAAAAACCACCACCAGCCACCAAAGCUAUGAAAAAAGAAAAGCCAAAGACUUCCGUAAAAACUGAAACAAACGAAGAUGGUCCUAAGAAAGGUAGAAAAAAGAAGGAAGAGGAAGAACAGGAAGUUUGGAAAUGGUGGGAAGAAGAAAAAAAAGAUGAUGGCACCAAAUGGUCCUUCUUAGAACAUAGAGGACCUGUUUUCGCCCCAGAUUAUGAACCUUUGCCAUCGAAUGUGAAGUUCUUCUAUGAUGGAGAAGAGAUGAAAUUAUCUGAACCAGCUGAAGAAAUUGCAGGUUUUUAUGCUAGAAUGUUGGAUCACGAUUAUACUUCUAAAGAAAUUUUCAAUACAAAUUUCUUCAAAGAUUGGAGAAAGCUCAUGACUGAAAAAGAAAGGGCUAAAAUAACAGACUUAAGCAAAUGUAAUUUUAAACAAAUGCAUGCUUUCUUCAUGGACCAAGCAGAAAAGAACAGAAAUCGUACCAAAGAGGAAAAGUUAGCAUUGAAAGAAAAGAACGAGGCUUUAGUUAAGGAGUAUGGUUUCUGUACCAUUGAUGGGCACAAGGAGAAAAUCGGAAACUUCAAGAUUGAACCUCCGGGUUUGUUUAGAGGAAGAGGGGAACAUCCUAAGAUGGGUAAAUUGAAGAGAAGAGUUGAGGCAGAAGAUAUCAUAAUCAAUUGUAGUAAGGACUCUGUAGUUCCUGAACCUCCACCUGGCCACAGAUGGAAGGAAGUACGGCAUGACCCACAGGUAACAUGGUUAGCUUCAUGGACAGAAAAUGUUCAAAAUCAGGUCAAAUACAUCAUGUUGAAUCCUAGUUCUAAACUGAAGGGGGAAAAAGAUAUGCAGAAAUACGAAACUGCCAGGCGUUUAUAUAGUUGCAUAGACAAAAUAAGAAAGGAAUAUAAGGAAGAUUGGAAAUCUAAAGAAAUGAGAGUAAGACAACGAGCUGUUGCCCUCUACUUUAUCGAUAAAUUAGCUUUGAGGGCAGGUAAUGAAAAAGAUGAAGAUCAGGCAGACACUGUUGGUUGCUGUUCUUUACGUUUCGAGCACAUAGAACUUCAUGAAAAAAAGGAUGACAAAGAAUACGUUGUAGUUUUUGAUUUUCUCGGUAAAGAUUCUAUUAGGUAUUACAAUGAAGUUCCAGUAGAAAAGAGAGUGUUCAAGAACUUACAGUUGUUUAUGGAAAACAAAAACCCUGGUGAUGAUUUGUUUGAUCGCCUGAAUACUAGUAUAUUAAAUAAGCAUUUGAACGAACUUAUGGAAGGACUAACAGCUAAAGUCUUCCGUACCUACAACGCCUCUUAUACACUACAACAACAGCUUGAUCUUCUCACGAAUGAAGAUGAUACAGUAGCUGAAAAAAUUUUAUCAUACAAUAGAGCCAACAGAGCUGUUGCUAUUCUCUGUAACCAUCAACGUUCAGUCCCUAAAGGUCAUCAAAAAAGUAUGGAAAAACUUAAAGAAAAAAUUGAUGCCAAGAGAGAUGCUAUUAAGGAUGCAGAAAGGCAGGUUAAAGACGCCAAGAGAGACGCCAACAAUGGAAGUGUGAAAGAGAAGGUGGUUUAUGACAAAAAAAAGAAAAUGCUUGAAAGACUGAAGGAACAGUUGAGCAAACUGGAAAUUCAAGAAACUGACCGUGAUGAGAACAAAACCAUAGCCUUAGGUACUUCCAAGUUGAAUUAUCUGGAUCCUAGGAUCAGUGUGGCCUGGUGCAAAAAAUAUAAUGUCCCCAUAGAAAAGAUAUACAACAAAACUCAGAGAGACAAGUUCAGGUGGGCCAUCGAUAUGGCUGGACCUGAUUAUCGGUUUUAAGUUGCAUAUAAUUUUUAGUUUUAUUUAAUGAAUGUAUUUGAAUUGUAUGGAAUUUGUUCUUUCAUAGACAGUAAUUUUGUAGGCAAUUUUAUUAUCAUUGUAAUUAUAUUUACUUGACCAAAUUCAAGUUGUUUUAAUAAAUCCUCUUGAUGGUAUGAUUGAUUAAAUCGAAUAGACGUAAAUGAAAUUGUUUUCCUCACCGAGUGCUUUUAAAUUUUUUUAUUUCUGAGUAAUGAUAGAAUUCCGAUUCUUUUUCAAGAAAGAACAAAUUUUACUUAUUUUUAAGUAGGGAACAUUUUCAUGCACAUUCAAUGUUGGCAUUGAAUAUAUAACAGAAACAUUAUAAGAAUUUGAUGGUAUUUAAAAUUAUAUGAAUGUUUUUUUUUAUUCCACUUAAUGAUUUAUCAUUUCCUCAACUUUAGCAAUCAAUUAUUUUAUAAAGAAUUGUACUUUGUGAAAAGUAAAUAUAGUUGUAUGCAAUUAAGUUUUAAAACAAUGCCAACAUCGUUGGAUGUGAAUAAACGAAAAUUUUAAUUUAUUUUUUCUGUAUAGUUCCAUUGAGAAUUAGUUAUAUUUAUAUAUAUAUAUUUUGAAUCCACCCCAAUGUAAAUAUAUCCCUCAUUGAUCUGGAAGAAUGUCGUGUGUAGAUCUGCAUAGUUAUCAUUUAAAAAAUUCAUAAAUGUCCGAGAGAUUUUUUCCUGGAGUAUAGUUUUAAGUACUUGUAAAAUAAAAAAUCAUUUUCAAGAAUUAUCUUUUUUUUAUUGGUACUUUCAAAUUGAAAGUUAUAGUACAUUAUGUAUUCAAUUGAAUGAUAAAAUAAUUUUGAAUUC